AUGGCAAAAUGCACAGGCUAACAUCGUUUGUUGAACGUCUUUAUGCCCAACGCACGAUGCCAUAAAUCCCACCUAAGCCAGUCGACUCCCCCGCUGCACAAGCAGAGGUAUGGCGACCCAAUUAGAACCCAAGCUCGAGCGUUUCCUCCAAUGGUUACAGUCAAACGGAGUGGAGCUUCGUGGUUGCAAGAUCAAGUACUGCGAUUCCACUAAACGUUUUGGAUUAUUUUCGUCAAAUGAAGUUUCUGAUGGUAUUCUACUUGUUGUUCCGUUAGAUUUAGCUAUAACUCCAAUGAGGGUUUUGCAAGAUCCUGUAUUAGGACCUGAAUGUAGAGCAAUGUUUCAAGAAGGUGAAGUAGAUGACAGGUUCUUGAUGAUUUUGUUUCUAACUGUGGAACGUCUCUGUAAGAAUUCUUCGUGGAAGCCGUACCUGGAUAUGCUUCCAACCAGCUUUGAUAACCCUCUCUGGUUCACAGAUGAUGAGCUUUUGGAGCUAAAGGGAACGACACUAUACAGAGCAACUGAAUUGCAGAAGAAAAAGUUGCAGUCAUUAUAUGAUGAUAGAGUGAAGAUUUUGGUGAAAAAAGUUUUAGCCCUUACUGGGGAUCCAGAAAGAGAAGUGUGCUUUGAGGACUUCCUUUGGGCGAAUUCUGUUUUUUGGACUCGUGCUUUAAACAUUCCUUUUCCACAUUCUUAUGUAUUUCCACAAUUUCAUGAAGAGCAAGACAGUCGUACAAGCUUAAGCAAAGCUUCUGGGGCUUGCUCAAAUCUUAUAUCCAGUGGACAGUCAAUUCAUGAAAAGGACGCUAAAGCACUUGCUGGUCAGAGAGUUGAAAAAGGAGUAACUGGAAUGGCAUCCACUCCCAUACAAGGGCAGGCUGUUUGGGUUGAGGGUCUUGUCCCUGGCAUUGAUUUUUGCAACCAUGAUUUAAAGCCUGCGGCAACUUGGGAAGUUGAUGGAACAGGACAAACAACUGCAGUUCCUUUCUCUAUGUACCUUAUUUCUGGACACAGCACAUUUCAAAUUGAGAAAGAAAUAUCAAUAAGUUACGGCAACAAAGGAAAUGAGGAACUGCUCUAUCUGUAUGGAUUUGUCAUUGAAAACAAUCCCGAUGACUAUCUCAUGGUUCAUUAUCCAGUAGAAGCACUUCAGAGUGGCCCAUUUGCAGACUCCAAAGCACAACUUCUUGAAGCACAGAAGGCAGAGAUGAGGUGUCUUUUACCCAGGAGCUUGCUAGAUCAUGGUUUUUGCUCUGCAGGCACUCCGAAGGGAAACAGUGUUCAGUGCAAAGUGGAUCGAGUUUGCAGCUAUAGUUGGAGUGGCCAGCGCAGGAUGCCAACUUACUCAAAUAAGCUUGUUUUUUCUGAGGAUUUCUUAACUGCUUUGAGGACCAUAGCCAUGCAAGAGAACGAGCUCUUUCAGGUUUCAUCAAUGCUGGAAGAGCUUGUUGGAUCUGAAGACGAGAGGGAACCAUCUGAUACAGAAGUUCGAGCAGCAGUAUGGGAGGCUUGUGGGGAUUCUGGGGCUUUGCAACUGCUUGUUGAUAUUCUUAAUAUGAAGAUGAUGGAUCUUGAAGAAGGCUCUGGAAAAGAGGAACGUGACGCUGAGCUGCUUGAGAAGGCUCUUAUCACAGAAAUCAGUGAAGAAUACACAUGCCAAGAGACAAAUGGAUCAAUUGAAGACAAGUUGAUGAGCAGAAACAGGUGGUCUAGCAUAGUAUAUCGACAAGGCCAAAAGCAACUCACUGCUCAUUUUCUUAAGGAGGCAGAACAUGCUUUGCAAUUGUGUCUCAGUGAAGAGAACUGAGUAGCUUAACUGUGAAAUGGGAAGUGGGUUGCAUUCAGAUUCCAAAUCCAAAAGAUUUAUAUUCCCUUUGGAUCGACCCUUGGAUUUGUCACUUCCUAGCUCGUACCUUUUCUAUAAUUUUCUGUAUUUGUCAAGGAAGUCGUAGCUCCCCCCAAAAGUAUUCCAAUUUAUGUAUCCUUCCCAGCUGGAUUCUUUUUUAUUUUCUCUAUACGGAUCCUAUUUCUAUUUUAGGUUGGAAAAAUUCUUCUGAUUGGGCACAUCACAAUGGUUCAUAUGAUAGGUGUGCAUAAGACCCACAAAAUGAAUUGUGAUGAUGUGCUUGAUACGUAAUACGUGACAUUGAAAAAUUUUGCCUAUUUUGAGGUUAAUUAGACUCGAGCAUGGCCUUGGUUUGUAA